AAAGUUUAAAUUUAAGUUAAAUUUUGUUCAAAACUGCCAACAUGGAUCACGGGAAGGACUUUUGCGACCUGGACGGCAUAACGAACGCGGAGUUCCGCGACCAGAUUAAACACUGGAUCGAGGAGCAGGGAAUCCACGCGAACCUGCAGCUGCAGAUGAAGAAGGACCUGAUUGAUCAGAUUAGUCGGACGGCUUUGGGUCGCAAGAUCAACCUGAAGCUCCAGACGCACCACGGAAUCGUCCUGUCCCCACUGGUCCUGGUCCUGAACACGCUCGUCGCCGAGUUCCUGUACGUCCAAAACUGCCACUACACCCUGUCGGUGUUCAGCAACGAGGUCCCGUUCAAGAACACGCUGCCCGACUUUACCAAAUCCGCCCACUUCCGGUUGGAUCGCGUCGAGCUGCGCGAAAUCUUCGAGGCGCUCGGAAUCGACCAUCACGCGGGGCUGGUGGAGAAGUACGAGUCGAAAGGAAGCGAGGCUGGCAAGUCACUGCUGUACAUCAUCUUCAAGUCGAUGCUGGCAGCGGUGAGGGGUUGUGAGGAGAGGAUCAGGGGGUACAAGAAGGAGGAGUGUGAUCGCGAGAAGACUAAGGGUAUGCUGGACGGGUUGGAGGUCGAGCGGCUGCACAGGAACGUGGAGAAGCUACUGGUAAGGGUGCGAGUUGUGGGGAAGAGUAUUGAAAAGCUGGAGGAAACACAGCGGAACAAUGAGAAUAAUGUGGGAAAUUGUGAGGAAGAAACGACAUCGCUACGUGCUUGCACGGAGAAUGUGGAAAAGUUCGUUGGAAGGCUGGAGACAUGCUCGAAGACGUUCGAGGAUCUGAUCGUGAAGCUGCAAGCACAAGUGGAGGAGCAGACCAAAGAUGAGAAGAAGGAAGUACCGGAGAAGGAAGUCAAACCGGAGCAAGAAGAGCAGAAGAAAUCCUACACGGACUUUCUGAACGAACUCAAGACGACAGAGUACGGUAAAAAGUACGUGGCGAAGCUGCAGAAGCAGAUCGUGAAGCUGAUGGGAAAGGAAAAGGCACUGAUCGAAGCCGCUUGUGAGAAGAAGCUGCACGAAGCCGAGCUGGAGUACAAGCGGAAGCUCGAAUCGUACCUAAGCGAUCGUGUCAGGGAGUUGUCGGUGCCACGGGAACGAUCACCAAAGCUGACCGUCACAAAGAGUAGCGACGGAGAGGAGAGCGUGCACUUUAUGAAGAAGAUCGACGAGAAGCUGAAUCAACUGUAUCAGCACGAGCGAAACGUAGACGAGAAGCUGGUAUCGCUGCGAGGUGAUCUGCAGAAGCAUGAACAGCGACAAAGCGCGUACUUCCAAUCGCUCAAAUCGGCGGAAACCAAGGAGAAGAAGCUGCUCGUGCUGCAAGAUGUCGAGCGCCAACUCUUGUCAACGUUUGAGGAUGAAACACAAGCCAUAAUCAGGAACGCAAAGGCGACGAUCGAUCGGUUGGAGGGUGAAAGCGACAAGAUCAACCGCUCGUUCCAGCAGUAUCUGCACAAGCAGCGCGAGGACAAGCGGAAGCUGAACGACGAAAAGAUCGAAAUUUGGCAGCGGUACAACGACGAGAAACUGGAGCUGAACCAGCGCGAGCUGAUGGCGACGAAGGGAGACGUCUCGGUGGAGGUUCCGAUCGUGCACGAACGUUACGCGCCACACCGGGAAAGCUUCCCGGAUCCGGCGCAGUUCGAGAAUCCCUUCCGCAACUUUGAUCCGCACAAGUACUUGAGGAGACCGAAGGUCUGCAACGUGGUACUGGAAACUGCCAAAGACGUGGUUGACGUGGCGGUGAACACCUCAAUCGAACCAGUAAUACCGAAAGAAGUCCAACCUGUCGACCCCAAGCUGAGCGACCUGCUGGCAAAAGACACGCUCAACCUGAAGCGGAGCAUCGAGGAGAACCUUCAAAAGCUAGACCAGAUGAGCAAGACGUACUCAAAGUCGACCUCGUCAUCCAGUGGAACCGCUGCGCCAGCAGCGGACAAGCAGGGAACCUACAACGUAGACAAAAGUCUGGACGAUUUGUCCAGCAUCGUAGAGAUUGAAGUUGCCGAAGGGAACGACAAGGCAGCUCCGGAUCUGGACAGCACCAAAGAGUUGCUGGAGUUUGCGCGAAAGAACUUCUCUGGUGAGAAGGAGACACCAGCGAAGAAGGAUUCGCUGGAUUUGGGAUCGCUCGGAUCGCUGAGCGAUCUGGACGUGAGUGAGGACGGAAGUGGGUCGAAUCACGGCGGCAAGCAGGACAGCUUGGGUGACAUUGUGGAGCAGAUUUCCACGGGGAAGCGAUCGCUGUCGGAUGGCAGCUGGAAUUGAACAGGGAAUAAAGAUAGUGUU